UUUUCAAUGAAUAGAAACGGAUCCAUCCUCAUUAUUUUGAGAUCUCACUUUGAUCGUACGAUACUUGCAGGAAUUUUCAAGGAGCCGCUAGUAUGCCUUCACAACCUCAGCCCAUUCACGUCGUGACGGUGGACAGCACCCCUGCCAAGGCUUUGGAAAUCCUUGCUGGAUUGAUCAAAGCAGUUGAGAAAGACUACAAUCUCGUACACGUCGCAAAUUGCGAAGCAAUCAAAGACGUCAAGCCAGUUCUGAGUUCCUUGAUCAUUGGACCCCAAGUUCUUAUCUGCUCCAGUAAAUUAUUCGACGAUGAGGAAGAAGAAAUCCGAGAGAUCGCUCAGAGACUACUGCCAGAUAUCAAAUUAAUUAUGGUUCCUCAUGACCUGCAUGCAACAGGCGGUGGAAAUGCGAUUGCUGAGUUCUUAGUGGAGCAGGUUACUGAGUCAAGACUUCCGACGAGAGAUUGAAUAGGUGGGAAUUAAUUGUGAAGAACAGGAAGCAGUG